AGGGACCGGGCCCGGGCGGGGGCUGGAGUCUGGGGGGCAAUGGAGGCUGCGACGGACUCCUCACUUUCCGGAGACCCCUGCCCCCGUCCUUUCUGCCGGCCCUUGCAUUUAAAUGGCUGCUGAAUUAAAAAUCCUGUCCUCGGUUUGAGACCACUUUCUCCGGCCUUACGGAUCUGACCGCGCAAAGUAAACUCUCCGUCCAGCCGUGGGUACUGCCUUUAUGGGGGUCGGGGACGAGUUUCUACCUACUCCUACACUCCCCAGGGCCCCAGGACCCUGCAAAGCUGGCAAAAGACGGGCCGGGUGACCUUCGAACCCACUUACUCUCUGAUUUUCCAGAGGAAUACAGCGUCGGGUCCAUUUUGCAGGUCUUCCUUUUUGCUGGUCGGCCUACCUGCCUGUUGGUGUCUGUCUGUCUGCUCCCUUGAGUUUUGUAUAAAAGAUCUGAGGAGAUGAGCAGCUGGGUUUCCUCAGGAAAGGCAGGUCUACUGCUGCACUUUGCUUCUCCUUCUGAUCUUUAACUUAGAUGCUCUUUUCUGGUUGAAGUUUGAGGCUUUCCUCAGCAAGUAACAGCUUGCUGCACAUGAGAAAUUCACUCAAAGAGGAAGGUGCAGAAAAGAUAGGAGAGGAAUGUGGGGAAACCAGAUUGUCUAAUUUUAGCCUGAAUUUUGUUGUAAGGAAAUCACCAUCUAUUGUCUAAAUGAGAAGUGUUUUGAUUGCUCAGGUUGGGAAAAGAAAAAACCCUCUGUCUGCUCAUGAAACAGCAGUAAGGAGUCACCUUAAAAGAAAGCUUAUUUUUUUUUUUUUUAUGUAGAAACAUGUUAAAUAACUAAACCUCAAGUCAUAGCAUUUUAGAAAUGGUAAGAAUCUUGAAGUCAAAAGGUUCAUUGCCAUGUUAUGAGUUUGACCACGGAAGAAGUGUCUUUAUUAUCUAUCACUGGGAAAUAUUUGCUAGUAGAAAUGCUUAGUGAAGGUUAUAAGAGUUUGCUCAUAGGUUUAGAGUUUUAUUUCAUAUUGAAAUUGCAGUAUUAGCAAGGAUAUGUCCCAUUGUGGUAGGAAAAAGAGUCACUAAUUAGAACCUGGAUUACUCUUUGCACUCCACCAUCUAAUUUCCUGUGUGACUUUCGAUGAAUUGCCUAACCUUUCUGUGCCUGAAUUUCCUCAUUUCUAAAUGGGAUUGCUGAGAGGAUGAAGGAGAAAAUACAAGACAGUAAUUAUUGCAGAGUACAUCACUUGAUGAGUACAGAAUAAAUGAUACCUGAGGCUGAUGAUGAUAGUGAGGGUCUCCGUGGCGAGCCCCCAUCUCCUCCUGGUCUGUCCGCCUCUCCACGUGCAGACCCUUGCAUUUGCUACGAUGCUCUCAUCCAGUGACUUUGCAUCUGCUUCUUGGGAGCUCGUGGUCCGAGUUGAACGUCCAAAUGAAGAGGAGAAGGAAGUGACGCUGAGAGUGUCUGGAGACCUGCACAUUGGAGGAGUGAUGCUCAAGCUAGUGGAACAGAUCAACAUAUCCCAGGACUGGUCAGACUUUGCCCUUUGGUGGGAACAGAAGCACUGCUGGCUUCUGAAGACACACUGGACCCUGGACAAGUGUGGGGUCCAGGCAGAUGCAAAGCUCCUCUUCACUCCUCAGCAUAAAAUGCUUCGCCUCCGCCUGCCCAACCUGAAGACGGUGCGACUUCGAGUCAGCUUCUCAGCUGUGGUCUUCCGAGCUGUCGGCGACAUCUGCAGAGCCCUGAAUAUUAGAAGAGCAGAAGAACUUUCCUUGUUAAAGCCUUCUGAUGAAUAUUUUAAAAAGAAGAAAAAAAGAGAAAAAAACAGUAAAGAGCCCAUAAUUGAAGAUAUUUUAAAUCUGGAGGUUUCUCCAACCAUUUCAGGUUCACCAGUAAAUCCUGGCUUAUACAGUAAAACCAUGACCCCAAUGUAUGACCCCAUCAGUGGAACGCCAGCGUCUUCCACAAUGACUUGGUUCAGUGACAGUCCUUUGACUGAACAGAACUGUAGCAUCCUCGCAUUCAGCCAACCCCCCCAGUCACCAGAAGUGCUUGCUGAUAUGUACCAGCCUCGAUCUCUGAUUGACAAAGCCAAGCUUAACGCAGGUUGGCUAGACUCUUCACGUUCCCUCAUGGAACAAGGCAUCCAGGAGGAUGAGCAGCUGCUGUUACGAUUUAAAUACUACACUUUCUUUGACUUGAAUCCCAAAUAUGAUGCUGUCCGAAUAAACCAGCUCUAUGAACAAGCCAGAUGGGCCAUUCUCUUAGAAGAAAUCGACUGCACAGAAGAAGAAAUGUUGAUCUUUGCAGCACUACAGUAUCACAUUAGCAAACUGUCAUUGUCCACUGAAACACAGGAUUUUACAAAUGAGUCUGAGAUUGACGAAGUAGAAGCAGCACUUUCUAAUUUGGAAGUGACCCUGGAAGGUGGAAAAGCAGACAGCGCUUUGGAGGACAUUACUGAUAUCCCUAAACUUGCAGAUAAUCUCAAAUUAUUUAGGCCCAAGAAGCUAAUAUUAAAAGCUUUCAAACAAUAUUGGUUCGUCUUUAAAGACACAUCUAUAGCCUACUUUAAAAACAAGGAGCUUGAACAAGGAGAACCAGUAGAAAAACUAAAUCUUAGAGGCUGUGAAGUUGUGCCAGAUGUAAAUGUGGCAGGGAGAAAAUUUGGAAUCAAGUUACUGAUCCCCAUUGCUGAUGGGAUGAAUGAAGUGUAUCUGAGAUGUGACCACGAGACUCAAUAUGCCCAGUGGAUGGCUGCCUGCAUCUUGGCAUCGAAGGGCAAAACCAUGGCAGACAGCUCCUACCAGCCCGAAGUCCUCAAUAUCCUUUCUUUUCUGAGGAUGAAAAACCGGAAUGCAGCAUCUCUGAUGGCUUCCGGCCUCGAAAACAUGGACAUGAACCCGGAGUGUUUUGUGUCACCUCGGUGUGCAAAAAAGCACAAGUCUAAACAGCUGGCAGCCCGCAUCCUGGAAGCCCACCAGAACGUGGCCCAGAUGCCCCUGGUCGAAGCCAAGCUGCAGUUCAUCCAGGCGUGGCAGUCCUUACCGGAAUUCGGCCUCACUUACUACCUUGUCAGAUUUAAAGGAAGCAAGAAAGAUGACAUUCUGGGAGUUUCAUAUAAUAGGUUGAUUAGAAUCGAUGCAAACAGUGGAAUUCCAAUUACAACGUGGAGAUUCACGAAUAUGAAACAGUGGAAUGUAAACUGGGAAAUCCGGCAGGUGGCCAUCGAGUUUGACCAGAACGUCUCCAUCGCGUUCACCUGCCUGAGCGCGGAUUGCAAAAUUGUGCACGAGUACAUCGGGGGCUACAUUUUCCUGUCCACACGCUCCAAGGACCAGAAUGAGUCGCUCGACGAGGACCUGUUCCACAAGCUGACCGGUGGUCAGGAGUGAGCAAGGCAGGCCUGCUGGGCCUACACAGAGGGCGGGCCUCGCUGGGCGCUGGGUCCACGGCCCAUCCCGUGUAUCCAUGCCAGACUGGGAGCAGUCAUCGUCACCGAACCCCGAGACCCUUGCCUCAUUUCAAACACCCUGCCCAGCAUAUCCCUGUCCUCGUUUUGCCCGGUGCUACCAGGGCUAGAGGGGAACUCAGCUAAUAAGCUCUUCUGUCAGUGGGAUGGGGGAGGUCGGGGACACUGCUCUAAAGCCCAGCCUGUAGCUACAUUUCUGUGACCUGCAGGCCCUGCAGGUGUAUGACUAGAGGUUGUCCUUGUGCUGAUCUGCUUUGUUGCUAAAUCAGAGCAAAGACGAAGGUUCAAGGUACAUGUAGCAGAGAGAAAUCUUUUUUUAUUUUAUUGGAAUAUAGUUGACGUAUAAAGUUGUGUUGAUUUCAGGCAUACGGCAAAGUGAAUCAGUUAUACAUAUUCAUGUAUUCAGUCCUUCUCAGAUUCUUUUCCCAUAAGGUUAUUACACAAUAUUGAAUAAGUUUCCCUGUGCUAUCAUGUUCAGCAGGGACAAAUCUUAUUCCAUACACUCAGGUAUGAAAAGAAAUAGCUUUCCUUAACAGAAAUAGCUUGUAACUCCUGCUGUGUGAAAAUGGCAAAGGGAAUCCACAUAUACACUCCUGUCCUAGAGGUCAAGGUCUGGGGGGGGUAAAGGCCUGGGGAAAGGUGGGGUUACCUGGUACCAGAUGGCAACAAGGGGCCAGGGUAAUGGCCCUCAGUGUCAUCAGUCCAGAGUGGCAUCUGCUGAGGUGACUGUUGACCCAUCUGGUCUUGGAUAUCGAUGCUCUUAGGCUACUGCCCCAUCCACAAGCCCAUCGCAUUCCUGGGGCUCUCUCAGCCACCUGUAGGUCCUUCUGGAAGAAAUAGUGACACCAGGAUUUAGGAAAACCCAUCCCUCAGACCCAUUCCAUGUCUAAACUACUUCUACUCUGAGUUAGGGCUCAGGAAGACAGGCCUAGUUCUCCCCAUAAAAGCCA